AUGUCCACCAAUCCGGCAUAUGUGUUCAGAAAUUUUGCCCUCUCGCGACAACGGUCUGCAAUUCGAGCUCGCAAGCCCGACCGACCAGCCGCCAACGUCGACUGCCAACUCAGGAUCUUUGAAGGAAGUGACGAGGAGCGCCAACUGUUUGAAUAUUUCCGCAAAAGAGUCGUCUUCCAGCUCAGUGGCUUCCUUGAUGAAGACUUUUGGAUCACGACGCUUCUGCAAGUCUCCCACUCGGUGCCAUCGGUCCGUCGUUUGGCGAUUGCCAUUGCGGCAUAUAUUGGAGAACACGACAGACAUUCCAGAACAACAAUGCAUCAGCGGUCUUGGAAUGCCUCUUUGAAAUACUAUCAAAAUGCUCUUUGCAAGGCAAAUCGGUAUACAGAAUCUGCAGACCAGGAACUUGUGGCUAUACUAAGCUGCCCCCUCUUUCUGUGUAUGGAGUUUCUGCAAGGGAAAAAACUACAGGCCAUGUCCUUUUUCCUGCAUGGCUACCUUCUCGUGAGAACUUUCCAAGAGCAAAACUCCCGAAACUCUGCUAUAUCUAGGUGCGCAGUCAUCUACGAGAGUCUAGGUCCCGUGUACAACAGACUUAUGAUGAUGGCAAAGCUGUUCGGCCACAGUUUCCCAACUGACUAUUCCAACCUGGCAUUUCUCCCUGGCCCAAACCCAACACCAUCCACUUUCAACAAUCUCAAAGACGCCCGGGAUCUUCUUUUCCACCACUUAGUCAUCUCGCACGAAUUUGUCAAGCGUUUGAACUCUACGACCUGUACGCCAUUUUCGCUGCACGAACACUAUUUGCAGCGACAGGAGGAGCUGCUCAUCCAGCUGGAUAUUUGGAACAGCAAUUUCAAGCAAAUGUGUGAAAGUUUCGACGAUUCGGACCGUGCUGUUAUCGCGACGCUGAGCAUGUGGCAUGCCGCCGCAGUGAUCUGGUUGCGAAAUCCCUUCGAGGGUUUCGAGAUGAGCUUCGACGAGAGCCUGGACUGUUUUCAGGUCAUCCUUGAGAAAGCUAACGAGGCUCUUGCUACCAGACAACAAGUCCAUGACGUCUUCACAUUUGGAAUGGGAGUAUUGCCGCCAUUGUAUUUUACAAGCCUGAAAUGUCGGCACUUCUCAUUACGAAAAGAGGCAAUACGCCUGAUGGGAGAAGGUCCAAGGAGGGAGGGGCUUUGGGACAGGGAAGAAUUGAUUACGGUUGCAUCGCAGGCACUUGCACUUGAAACAGCAGAUCAAUCAGACAUCGCUUCCUUACCAGCGGAGUAUGAGCGCUUGAUCAAGGUAAAGAUUUUUCAGCAAGACGCCGGCUGCCGACUCAAGGCUGCAUUCAUUUACAGAGAUCACAAGGUUGAACAAGUCUGGAACAAAAUUAGACAAUAG